AUGAACCACUUCCUCUCAAGAACUUCGACCCGGACGAUCACCACCCGAGCCUCCAGCCACCUCAUCAAGUCCAAUAUGAUGCGCAUUGGGAUCGUCGGCGGUGGCCAGGCAGGCAUUAACUGCGCCCAGAACCUAGCCAAGACUCUGACCGAGGCGGACAACAUCGAGGUCGUUGUGCUCGAGAAGAGCGCUCACUUCUACCACACAUUGGGCGCAGCUCGCGCUUGCGUGGAUGCCGACUACGCCAAGAACAUGUUCACGUCCUCGGGCUUUGUCCGCAUGGAGCACGCGGUGGCCACGGGCAUCUCGGCUGACAAGAAGGAGGUCUCGUUCCACCCGAUCAGCGCCGAUGACAAGAAGAGCGGAAAGGCGGAGAAGCUGCAAUUUAACUACCUGGUGUUGGCCACCGGAAGCACGUACACGGUUCCGAUCAAGCAAGACCCGGAGGACUACACGCGCACAACCACGGAGGCCAAGCUGCAGGAGGUUCGCUCUGAAAUCGAGAAGGCCGGGAAGAUUUUGAUCGGCGGCGGCGGAGCUGUCGGCUUGUAG